GGCAAGGGGAGGUGGGGAGAAGAGCGAGAGAGCGAGAGGCACCGGGAGUUUGGCAGCGAGAUAAAGAAAUCCCCCGAGAGCGAGGGACCCACCGGACCGGGAAGCGACUUCCAGCCCGAUGUAACCCAUUCAGCCCGAGCCCCGGCCUCUGCGCGGCGGGCGGCGAAACUUCUCUGCGGGUUCUGACGCUGGGGCAGCAACCCCGCAACUACUGCCCGGGCUGCGGGUAGGGGAGGAGAGCAGACAGCGUCCCAGGGUGAUGUGAGCAGAGACCAGGAAUGCCUUAUGUGGAUCGGCAGAACCGAAUCUGUGGGUUUCUGGACAUCGAGGAGAAUGAGAACAGUGGCAGGUUUCUGCGGAGGUACUUCAUUCUGGACACCCAGGCCAACUGCCUGCUGUGGUACAUGGACAACCCCCAGAACCUGGCAAUUGGGGCAGGAGCAGUUGGAUCUUUGCAGCUGACCUACAUUUCGAAGGUGAGCAUAGCUACUCCAAAGCAGAAACCAAAAACACCAUUUUGCUUUGUCAUCAAUGCCCUCUCUCAGAGGUAUUUUCUUCAAGCCAAUGACCAGAAAGAUCUGAAAGACUGGGUUGAAGCCCUGAACCAAGCCAGCAAGAUCACUGUACCCAAAGGUGGGAGCCUGCUCCCGGCUACUGAGGUUAUCAAGAGCCCAGCAGUUCCUCUAGUUCUGGAGAAGAAGCCGCAGGUGGCCUACAAGACAGAGAUCAUAGGAGGGGUGGUGGUCCACACUCCCAUCAGCCAGAAUGGUGGGGAUGGGCAGGAAGCGAUUGAGCCUGGGUCCCACGCCAUCCUUCGGAGGUCUCAGAGUUACAUCCCCACGUCAGGCUGCCGUGCUUCCACCGGGCCUCCCCUCAUUAAGAGUGGCUACUGCGUGAAGCAAGGAAAUGUGCGGAAGAGCUGGAAACGUCGUUUCUUCGCACUCGAUGACUUUACCAUCUGCUACUUCAAGUGUGAACAGGACCGAGAACCACUGCGCACUAUAUUCCUAAAGGAUGUUCUCAAGACCCAUGAGUGCCUGGUCAGACCUGGUGAUCUCUUAAUGAGGGACAACCUGUUUGAAAUAAUAACAAGUUCCAGGACCUUCUAUGUACAGGCGGACAGUCCAGAAGACAUGCACAGCUGGAUUAAGGAGAUUGGAGCAGCUGUCCAGGCUCUCAAGUGCCACCCUAGAGAGAUGUCCUUUUCUAGAUCCAUUUCUUUAACUCGACCUGGAACCUCCAUCCUCUCCACUGGGCCAAAUUCUGUCUUGUGCAGAGGGCGGCCACAUGUGGAAGAGAAAAAAGCCCUCUGCAAAGCCCCCUCUGUGGCUUCCUCCUGGCAGCCCUGGACACCUGUCCCCCAGGCUGGGGAAAAGCUGCUUCCAGCGGAAGGCACUCCUGAGGACUCUCUAUUCACGCCUCGACUUGGGGAGAGCAAUACUGCUGGGGUCUUGUCGAGCUCCCGGAUAAGGCACAGAUCGGAGCCCCAGCAGCCCAAGGAGAAACCAUUUAUGUUCAACCUUGAUGAUGAAAAUAUACGGACCUCUGAUGUGUGAUGAGGCUCACUGCCGUGGGAGGUGGGGGGGAGGAAUCAACAGAAGGAGGCCUGACUUGAGUUCUCUAUCUUGUUGGAGGACACUCGGAGGCCUUCCUGUGGGUUCUCUGUGGGAGGGGCCCAUCCAGCUGGCUUAUUUUUGUUUUAAUGCAGUGUAUUUAAUUUGGGAAAAUCACUAGGUUACACUUCUAGGCGUGCUCAGUGGAGAGCGGGUUGCCUCUUCUUGUUGGUCUAUUCCAGGAUCUUCCUGGUGAGGCGUUACUUUCGCAACUCCUCUCCAAAGGAGGUUGGAAGUUCAGUUUCACUCCAAACCAAGUUUUGUUUUCUUGUCCUUGUUUUUGUUUCUUUGUUUUGUUUUCUGGUGAGACACAGAACCUUCACUGGUCAUCUCUUUUAUCCUAUUCCUGUUUCUUGACUGCAGUUUGAUUGUGAAGUAGGAGGGUGGUAACUAACCCAGCUGCAAUGAGGAGGUAGGGGUGGUAGAAGACCCAGGGCUCCAGCUUGAAUGUGAUGCAUUCUGAGGGGAGGCAUCAAAGCCAGAGGAUUGGGGCUGGAGAGUGGCCUUCGGGCAGAGCCCCCCAGAAGACCUCACAGGGGAAGAGAUAGGGGACCUAUAGAAAGUAUGGGGACUAAUUCAACCUCAGUGUACAAAUCCGUUUUGGAAAUUACUCUGUUCUGUAGAUGCACUUUGACCCCAAAUGCAGUCCUCGUGUGGCGGGUUAAGUUUAUGAUAAUUCACAUGUUAGAUCAUAUCCCCAUCUCAGCAUUUUAGAUUAGCUUUAAAAGCAAGUGCUGGGAAGAGAUGGGUUAUAGGUCAUCAACUAAGCUUUUAUGGUUCAUGUUUUCCAGGCAGGAGAAAAGGUCUGUUUUUUGUUUUGUUUUUAUUAUUAUUAUUAUUAUUGUUGUUUAUCAAAACCAGACUAUCUUGAAUAUUUGCCUCAAGUAUGUUUUUUAUGGGCCAUUAUUAGUCUAAUUUUAAGUGUUGUGUAUUGUAUACCCUGGUAGAUUUUUCUUUCUUUUUAUUAUUUGUGUUAGCCUUUGAAUGAAGCUUUGUGUGUUUGCAUGAUCAAACCCUGUAAUCUGAUGAAGUUCCAUGUAUUUAACAGCUAAGAGAUACAAAGAUAAUCUUGAAAGAGAUUCAUAUUUUUAAUAAAAUAAAAUUGGGAAUGGAAACAUUGAUUUUGAGGUUUUAAGUUGCUGGCUAGAGAUUUCCCAGUAGAAGAGCUUAGAAGAUUAUUGAGUUGCCCACCCAAAUUUUAGGGUGUACGUUUUUCCAUUUGACAAGAUACUAUUUCCAGUGUCCCUGGAAGAAGUUGUUCAUCCAUCGAAUAUAGUGAACUGCUAUCAGGAAGUUACUGGGGCUCCCUAAAAGGAGAGAGAACUUAGCUCGUAUCUGUCUGUAAUUUUUACCAGCUAGACCAAUUAUAUUUUUAAAUUUAAAAUGAAUGACUAAAGCAAGAGAUGAGGAGUUGUUCUUUUAUCUAAAUAGAUUCCCUCCCCUCUUUGUGUCCAAAUUUAAUGCAGAGGCUGAAAUACUUGAUCAAAAAAUCCUUAGUGACUUGAGGGGAAUCUUAUCUUUCAGGCAGUGUAGUUUUGGGAACAUUUCUUGACUGUGCUCAAUGGAGUUAUGCUUAACUUAAACUUAGUUUGGCCUAGGGAUCCUGGCAUUAAACAGGAGAAUCUACUACUGGAUCUGGAUAUCUCUUUCCCCCACCCCGACCCCCUCCCUCUUCUACAGACUCAUGUAUUUUUGUCCUCAGAAAUCCUUGUUUUGGUAAUUAUCUAAUUAUGAGCGAUCAAGAUUACAGCAUACUUCAAGAAGAUUGGUUUUCAAGAAACCAUUCCAAAUUCUUAUAACUCCUUGUCUCUGGUUUCAUCUUCAAGUUUUCCCCAAGAAAAUUACUGGGCUAGUCAAAGAAAGUGUACAAUAUGUGAUGUUGAACUAAUAAAAAUAAUCUAGGGACUUUUGAGAUCUCUCGACAUUCAUUGACUCAUGGAAAAGAUGUCAUCUUUUGGUGUUUAUGUUGUGAAAAUCUACCCAUUUCUCUCUCAUUAACUCUCUGCUAGAUUGCUACUGCUAAAUUAAUUGGCCAUUUCGUAAGCAAAUCUGUUUCUUAUUCAGUAAAGUCUACGUUGGGAAUGUGGGAAUUUAAACAUACGUAUAAAUACGGAUUGUAUUAUCUUGAUAGAGGAAAACAAGGUCACUAAUUGGCAAAUACUUGAGAAUUCCAAGUUCAAACAUUGUUAAUGUAGUUUCAGAAUCAGGUAAAUAUAAUUAUUUUCAAUGAAGCCUAAAAGCAUUCACAUUCCCAAACCAUAGUCGAGAAUUCCUUUUCUGCCCAUAUUUCUUACUUUCUGGCCAAAUUUACACCACAAUCAUUUAAUGUCAUUACAUGCAUGGGCCAAAAAUGGUGCCUAUACAGCCAAAGCAUUUUUUUCCCCAUUGAAUUUAUUCAGAAAAUAGUAGAUUCACAUGCAGUUCUAAGAAAUAAUACAGAGUUCCCAUGUAUCCUUUAUCCAGUUUCCCCCACUGGUAACUUUUAAGCAUUUGGGUUUAAAUGUAUAAGAUGGAACCAAAUGGAAAAAAUAGAGUGACGAUGCUGUAUAGGUUAGUGGUUUAAGUGUGUGGAUUCUGGAAUAAAUCAGAAUUUAAAAACAAACAAACAAACAAACAAAAAACAGUACUCUUUGGUGCCUUUCCUUGUGGAAUAGAAAGCUUCCUAGAGUUGUGUGUUUCCAUAAGGCUUUUGAAAUGGGUCUUGACUGGCUGUGUGUAAUAGUAUUUCAGGUGGGCUUCCCUAUUGCUAUUUAUCAUCCACAUUCUUGAAAGCUUUGAUUAGUAAAAUAGUUUGACUUUUUACAUUCCGUGAGGCACAAGAGUACUAAGAAGUGCAUUGUGUAGAGUGACCUCAAGUCGAAAUAUUGGAAUGCUGAUUUAAGAAAGAGAGCAGAUUUAAGGUUAAGCUUCUUAGAUCACUUGAAACAAAAGUGUUUUUUUCCUUCAUGAAUAUAAAUAUGCUCUGAUAUGGGCUAAAGUGGCCCAAUGAAUAAAUAGCAGAUUGAGUAGUUGAGCAGUGCGAUUGAUAUGUUUUGUUUUCACUGUUAAUCAGAUAACAGGCAUAUGGAGGCAAAAGCAUUUUAGAAAUUGAGUUUCCCAAAUCAGCUUUGUGUAUAAACUUUAAACACAUCAGAAAUGGCCAGGUUUAUUAAAUAUUUUCUAUUGGCAUCACUUUUUUUUUUCUUAUUCUCUUUUUCUUUCUGUGUUUUUGCCCACAGCAGUCAAUUAUAGUCACUUAUGCUAGUUGAAUAAAGCAAAUGUUUGGCAAAAACAUACUGUUUGACUCCUUCCCCUAUGGCUUAUGAAGAUGCAGCAUGAUUUUGUGUUUUGAACCAGUAUGUUUCAGCUGUGAAAUGCACUAGCUGUAAGCACUGAGCUGAGUGCAUGGAAACUGUUACGCUUCUCAUUUUAUGUGAUCUCCUAAUUGGUAUGUAGCAAAAAGUAAUUUUCUAAAACUGUUUUGUUGCUUGUUUUAUAAUAAAACCAUGUGAAAAUACUGAA